AUGAAAGUGGUGCUUACAUGCUACCAUGUGCAACUGCGAGCACCCUUAUGCAGGGUUCAUGCUUAUUCAAAUCAGGCCCCCCAUCGUUGCUUAUUGUGUUACAAUCUGCAGGGACUGGUCUUGACAACCCAUAUGAGAGGGACAAUACAACUAUCAACAGACUGUUAGCCCAGGUUCGCAAGGAAAUAGAGGAAACACCGCGAGUAACUAUCGCCGGCCCGAACCCAUCUGUAAGGCAACCUGUCACGACAGGCCGAUGCAGCAAGACGCCCAAUGAGCCAAUGACACUUGUAUCAACAGACCCGACUAUGGUGAUCAGCUGCCAUCGGGCAAACACAGUUCCCAAGCUAGCGUCAAAUCAGUGUUUCGUAGAGAAUGCAUGUCUGGUGAUUCCCCAGCUUACUGACCCCUUUCGGG